AUCAUGUUUAUUAUUUCACAAAAUGGCAACAGGAAAACAUGCUAAUUUUGGGUUUAGACUACCCAAAAAAUAAAGAAACAGCUGAAACAUGAUAGAAGUGAGCUAGUUAAAGAUGUUCCACAAACUCAACAAUCUUGCUGCUCUUAUCCAGUGAGCACUUGACAAAUGCGCAUCCCCUCGAGCGUGAGGCCACCGUGCCUCUCCUCCUCCCCAACUCAACCAUCUCUUCUUCUCAGACCCAUCUUCGCUUUCUCUUCAUCUUCUUCUUUUCCAUUCCCUUUGAGACCCAAAAGACCCAGCUUCCAUUUCUUGAAGCCAUGCUCUUCUCUUAAGCAAACCAAGAAAAACAAGCCACAGACCCUUCAGAAGAGUCCAACUAGUGGGCCCAACAGUUUGAAAAGGUUCUUAAAUUUGGACUCUAAGGAUGAUGAGGAGGAGGAUAGUAAUGGUGAUGAUGAUGAUGGGGUUGCUCUUAGAGGGACUAUUUUAGCUGGGGUUUUGCUUGUGGGUGUAGUUGGUGGAUUUGGGACUGCUGGCUAUGUUUAUAGGGACCAGAUUAGUGCUUUCUUGAUCCAGUUUUCUGCUUUUAUCGAAGGUUAUGGACCAGCUGGAUAUGCCUUAUUUGUAGCUGUUUAUGCUGGACUAGAGGUACUAGCUAUACCAGCAGUUCCGUUGACUAUGUCAGCUGGUUUGUUAUUUGGCUCUCUCACUGGAACUAUUCUUGUUUCUAUUAGUGGAACAGUUGCAGCAACUGUUGCAUUUCUAAUUGCCAGAUAUUUUGCUCGGGAGCGAAUACUUAAACUCGUUGAAGAAAAUAAGAAAUUUCUUGCAAUUGACAAAGCAAUUGGUGAAAACGGUUUCAAAGUUGUUACACUUCUCCGUUUGAGCCCUUUACUUCCAUUUUCUCUUGGGAAUUAUUUAUAUGGGCUAACAUCGGUGAAGUUCGUACCUUAUGUCUUGGGAAGUUGGCUAGGAAUGCUUCCUGGCACAUGGGCUUAUGUCAGUGCUGGUGCAUUUGGGCGAGCAAUAAUUCAAGAAGAAUCAGGCAUCAGUUUACCGGGAAGCAAUGGCCAGCAGCUAUUGACCCUUGGUUUAGGACUAUUGGCAACAGCCUUAGCCGCAUCUUACGUAACUAAGCUAGCAAAGGAUGCUGUAAAGGACAUUGAGGAGUAGGCAGCAGAGCCAAUCUUUGUUUGUAUGAAGACAAUGAACUUGUCUUAUCCCUGUGUAAAUUGUAAUUGUAAUGGCAUCACUUACCCGGUUCAUAAAGGAAAAUCUAAUUUUGUUCUAUGUACUUGUCAACCAAACAUGUGUCAUAUAUUCACAUAAGAGCAAUAAACGUAGUUGUGAAAUAGGAUUUUGUACAUAAUUACAUUAACUUGGAUUCUUAUUUUUACAAAUCAAAAUUAUCUUAUAAUUUAAUUA